GAGAGUGAGAGAGAGAGAGAGAGAGAGAGAGAGAGAGUGUGUGUGUGUGGUGUGUGUGUGUGUACAGGUGCAGGAGAGGCUCCAGGGGAUGUGAGAGCAGAGGCUGAGAGCCCCACUGAGAUCUCUGUCCAGUGGAGUGGCCUCUCAAACUGUAGACUGGUCAAUGGUCCAAUCACCAAGUACAGAGUUCAGUUCACUACCAACGGCAGAACUGAGACCAUAGACCAAGUGCUAGGAGAUGGAGAAGACUGGAUGAGUGGAGGGACGAGUUACACUGACUGGACUGACUUCCCUAACCAACUACUCCAUAUCAGUAGCAGCUGUGAAUGAGAAUGGAGAUGUUGGACUGUAUUCUGAGCCUUUAACCGUACUAACUCUGCAAGCAAUAGUGGAGCUGGCAGAGACAUCCUACACUAUAGGAGAGUCAGAUGAAGUGGUUGAGGUGUGUAUCAAUGCAGUUGGUACCACCUCUUCGUGCCCGAGCACCGAGUCUUUCCAUGUCACCCUUUCCACUAGCGAUCAAACUG